AUGUGCAAGGGCCCGCAAGCGGUUGUAGCAACGGAAUCAGCUAUCCCUGGCGUCAAAUUACCGAGAACGCCAAUGGUUCGAAGCCAACGCUUUCUUCCAGCUACAACGCAGGCUUCUACCAAGUCUCAACAACAUCGACAAAUUCACAAUCACAUUUCAAAAAAUGAUAUACGACUAUUUUGCUCAAAAUUAUGGCACCAAACUCAUACUGACCAGAAUAACAUCCCAAACAAAAGCAUCAAAGAGCUAAAAAAUAAAUUGAAACAUCUAAAAAUACUUGGCAACAACAACCAAAACUUUGACAGUCAAAUCACCAACACUAGUAAAGCCAUUCGUUCAAAGCGGCAGUCGUUAAAGAUGUCCAAACGUGCUGAGAAAAAAUCAGACAUAGCAACUCAGCUUAGACAGCGAUUCUGGUGGUUUUGCAAAAAAAUAUUUGACAACGAAAAAUCUAAGACCACUAUUCGACAUAGACGAAUGCCAUAA